CAAUAACAAGUGAACAAAAUAAUUAAAUAAUUACACUUACUAAUUGUUUUUGUUACUUAUAACACAUGUUAUAUUAAUUUGUUCUAGUUUGAUGAUAAUAAUCUUAAGCAACAAAUAUUUAUUCUAAUUCGAUUUUUAAAUAAAUAUCUUGAUAUUUUAUAUGACUUAAAACAAUUUUUUGAUUAUAAAUAUUUAAUAAUGACGUCUACUACUUCCAGAACUAAUGAAGAAAGACGAAAAAGGGUAUAUGUAGGUGAAUUGCCUAAAGAUUUUUUACGGCUAGAUGUAGCAGCACUGAAUGAAUCAACUAUAAGACAACAACAAGAAGCUGCAGAUCAACAAGCAGCUUUGGCUCUUCAACAAGCAUUAACUGCAAUCCCAGGAGAUCGCGAUCGAAAUAGACUAAACAUUACUAUUGUUCAAGCUCGAUUAGUUAAAAACUAUGGCUUAACAAGAAUGGAUCCAUAUGUACGUUUAAGAGUAGGUCAUUGUGUUUAUGAAACACAAACAGAUGCUAAUGGUGGCAAAACUCCCAAAUGGCAUAAAACAGUUCAAACUUUCGUAGCAAAGCUGAGAAGUCUUUUACCAGAUGGUAUCAAUCAAAUUCAUGUAGAAAUAUUUGAUGAAUGCUCUUUUAAAAUGGAUGAGUUAAUAGCAUGGACAACUAUACCAAUACCUCUACAAAUAUUUAAAGGAGUUACUAUUGAACAGUGGUAUAAUCUCACUGGUAAACAAGGGCCUAAUCAUGAGGGCACUAUAAAUAUUAUAAUGAGUUAUGGGGUUCCACCAUCAUUAGGUUUAGUGUCUCCAGUUAUGAUGGUUCCACCAAAUAUUAAUACAAGUAAAGAUCUCACUCCUAUUUAUGUACAACCACCACCACAAGCACCACCUCUUAAUCCAGAAGAUUUAAAACAAGUUCAAGAUAUGUUCCCAAAUGUAGAUAAAGAUACUGUGAAAAAUAUUUUUGAAGCUAAUAAUGGAGACAAAGAUUUAACUGUCAAUUCACUACUCCAAAUGGUUGAAUAAAUCAUCAAAUAAUCUUCCAAUGAGCUUAAUCCUAUGUUAAUAUUACUAUUAUUAUUGUUGUGUGUGCCAUUCUUCUAUAUUGAAUGUUUAAUUUAGUCAGAAUUAUGUAUGAAUUUGUUAGAAUACAUCUGUAUUUCUAAUUUGUAACUAGUAAGAUUUAUUUUUAUUUAUAUAGAUGGGUUUAGUUAAGAAUAUUUAUUAGUUAACUUCCAAGUAAAAUUAAAAAAAAAUAAAACUUAACUUAUUUAUAACUAUUA